AUGACAUUGCUCUCCUCGGAACUGCCCACUGCAUCUAACCCUGGCCCCUUUGGCCGCAAGCAGCUCCAGAACUUCCUCUUUCCCGAGGGGUUCACCCAGUACAACCAUGGCUCCUUUGGGGCAUUCCCAAAGGUCGUUCAGGACGAUAUGUUUGCCUGGCACAACCGCGCUGAGCGCGACAUCGACCGCUGGAUGCGUCGCGACUUGAAGAACGCGCUCACAGACACCCGCGCCAAAAUUUCAGACCUCAUCCAAUGCGACAAGGACGAGCUCGCUCUUGUGGCCAAUACCACCGUAGGCGUCAACACCGUCCUCCGUUCGCUGCAGUUCCAGCCCGGCGACAGGAUCCUCCAGCUCUCGACCGGCUACAUCUCUGUCGACAAAACUGUCCGCUAUAUCUGCGAUACACACGAGGAUGUCAAGAUUAUCGAGGUUCCCAUCACGUUCCCUAUAACGGACAAGGAGCUGAUUGACAAAGUUGAGGAUGCUGUCAAGACUCACCAGCGACUCAAGGACGGAUCCAGAAUUCGACUGGCCAUGGUCGAUUGGAUCUCGAGUGUGCCCGCGAUCUUGCAUCCUGUAAAGCAGCUGGUCGAGUUGCUGCAGAGCUAUGGGAUCUUGGUCUAUGUCGAUGGCGCGCAUUCGAUCGGACAGGUUCAUGUUGACCUUGGGGAUCUCCGCCCAGACUUUUACAUUACCAACUGCCACAAAUGGCUCUUCAGCGUCCGUGGUUCUGCUGUGCUGUAUGUACCUAAGCGCCACCAGCAUUUGAUCCACCCAACUGCUAUCACAAGUGACUACAAGACCGGCUUUGAGAACGAGUUUGCCUGGUCCGGCACCCAGGAUUACUCCUCGCUCAUGUCCAUCGGUGCAGCCAUUCAUUUCCGUAAGCAGUACGGCGAAGAUGCUAUCAUCUCCUACACACAUUCACUGGCUCUGGAGGCCGGAAAGGUCAUGGCCAAGAUUCUCAACACCAACACCAUGACCCCCGAAGACCACCAGGUUGCCAACAUGGUCAAUAUCCGUCUGCCGAUCAAAAAUCCGAAUCAUCCAAAGGUCAAUCCUCAGUACUUUAUGGAGACCUUGAUGGACCGCUUUGGCGUAUUUACCCCAGCAUUUAAGCAUGGCGAGCAUUGGUGGACUCGCAUCUCUGCACAGAUCUAUCUCGAGGUCGAGGACUUCGUGCGUCUGGGUAAUAUUUGGAAAGAGGUCAUUGACGAGAUCAAUGCUGAGUAG